CCUUUGAUUUGCAGGGAGACUGUGUAGCCUACAACAGGACAUGCGACGCGGUUCUCUCUCUGCGCCCCGUCCCCGGCGUGCAAGCCAGCAGCCUGCUCACCACGGGCGCGUGGCGAGGCAGAGGCCCAGCGGGAGACCCCGCAGGGCUUGUGCCAAGCUAGGCUGGGACCAGCGGCAUAGCAGAGGCGGCUGCAGACCGCGCGCCACUUUGAGUGCCGACCGAGGAAUGCGAACAAUGCGCCCAGCCAGCCCCCUUCCGAGCUACUGCGCCUCUCUCCCGCACGGCCCCGACACGGGGGCCGGCGCAUGCGCCCUGUAUGGCCGGCGAGUCAGCAGCAGUAGCAAGCCUGGUUGUCUUGAAAGCAAGCGAGAGAGAGAGAGAUGCAGCAGCCGGGAGCAAAGGAGUAAACGCCCGACGCUGGCUUUGCAGAGGGAGGUGCGGUUCCUCCCUCUUCACUCAGGGAUUGCUGCAUGCUCCUGUUGGAAAGCCCGGAUCCUCCCGUGGCUUGUCCCAAGCUGGCUUUGCCCGGCACCAGGGCAGCCUUUUCUGGCGAGGUGCUGCCCCUUCCGAGGGAGUUCAGAGAAUGACCCGAGUCCACACCCGAGGGAUCUGAAUUGCAUGGAGGCGGGGGUGCUGUUAGCCCUACCAAGGCUUGGAGGAAAUGUCCUGAAUGGCCGGUGACAUGAAGCAUUUCUGCCUGCCAGGGGAAGUUGCAUGAGAAUUGGCUGCAGCUAAGCAGCAACACCCAGCUCCUGGCUGCAGUUACUAUGGCCCAGUCCAAGGUCUGGAGCAGCAUCAAAUCUAUGCUGAGAAGGAACGAUGAUCCCUUGUUCUUGAACGACACCAGUGCCUUUGAUUUUUCUGAAGAAGUGGGUGAGGAGGACUGUCCCCGGUUUAACAAGUUGCGAGUGGUAGUUUCUGAUGACACUUCGGAUGCAGCUCCAGACAUACCUGUCAAUGGGGCUCACCUAGGUCUGCAGUCCGACGAUGAUUCUUUGCUGGACCGGGAUAUUGCUUUGCGAAGCACACAGACUAGCUCCUCCAGGACAGACCCUUGCAGCAAUUGCAGUAAACAGAGGGAACUAUCAAAACAGAGGAAGGUGAAAAAACGACUGACCCUGGCUGCAGUUCUCUAUCUAUUCUUUAUGAUUGGAGAGCUCAUAGGUGGAUAUGUUGCUAAUAGUUUAGCAAUCAUGACGGAUGCACUUCAUAUGCUAACUGACCUCAGUGGUAUCCUUUUGACUCUGCUUGCUUUGUGGUUAUCUUCAAAAUCACCAACAAAAAAGUUUACCUUUGGAUUUCAUCGCUUUGAGGUGUUGUCAGCCAUCAUUAGUGUUUUGCUGGUAUAUAUCCUAAUGGUGGUGUUCUUAUAUGAAGCUGUUCAAAGAACUAUCCAUAUGGACUAUGAAAUUAAUGGAGAUAUAAUGCUUAUUACAGCAGCAGUUUGUGUUGCCUACAUUAAGAUAAUGGGAUUUCUACUGAAUCAGUCAGGUCACCUUCAUUCCCAUUCACACUCCCAAGUACCUCCAUCAAACACUCCUAACACAGCCCAUGGGCAUAGCCAGGGACACGGCAGCCUUGCAGUGAGAGCAGCAUUUGUACAUGCCCUGGGGGACUUGGUACAAAGUAUUGGUGUGCUUGUAGCUGCAUACAUCGUCCGCUUCAAGCCAGAAUACAAGAUUGCUGACCCCAUAUGUACUUACAUAUUCUCAAUACUUGUGGUUUUUACGACAGUCCGGAUCAUCAGGGAUACAGGCAUUAUUAUACUGGAAGGGGUUCCAAAGCAUUUGAAUGUGGACCGCAUUAAAGAAGACUUAAUGAAAAUUGAAGAUGUUUAUUCAAUAGAGGAUUUAAAUAUUUGGUCUCUCACUGCAGGAAAAACUAUUGCCAUAGUCCACUUGCAAUUAGUUCCAGGUAGUUCACUUAAAUGGGAGGAGGUUCAGUCUAAGGCCAGACACUUGCUGCUGCACACAUUUGGAAUGUAUAAAUGUUCUGUCCAGCUUCAGAGUUACAAGCAAGAAGUAAACAAGACUUGUACAGGUUGUCAGAGUUCCAGUGCCUAAUUUCAUACAUUUUGGGAACUGCUGCCUUAUUCUUUAUCUUGUAGUCAAAGACUAAAGAGCAAUAAAUGCAAAACUAAAAUGAUUGCCUGGAAUCCCUAAGGUGUGGAGUUGUACCAGUAUUUGAUGCCAGAAUUGGUACAGCAAAAAGUGCAGGAGGUGCCCUAUAGAGAAAUGUAUUUGCUCUCUCUCGUUCUUACCAACUUAUUGUCAGUUUGAUAUGAUUUUCAGACAAAGGUAUUUCCACAGUAUUGUUUACAGACUGUGAUAUGGCUCUGCAAAUACCUCAUGAAUUUCACUUCAAUAUUGUCCUUUGUCAAUUAUGUACCACUAAUGUUCCAAAUGGAGCAUAAAGAAUUCAGUAUUGGAGUUUAAAACUUUGAAAAAGUUGAUUGUCAGGGGACCAUAACACAUAAAGAUCCCUAAAAUGGUUAUACAGUAUUUUUAUAAUGCAGUUUUUAAUAUAUUAUCUUGGAAGAUAAUGUAUGCAGUGCUAGCUAAACUAUUUGAUAAACUCUCUUCUGAAAAAUUGCCAAAUAUAGAAUUUACUGUACUCAUACCAGAAAUUUAGAUUUAAUGCUGGAAUUCAAAGGUCUAAAUCAAGAGGUCCUUGUCCAGGCAAAAUUUCAAAUGCCAAAUUAGAGACUUCAGGACUGGACUGAAAAUGUUUUAACUGAUCAGUUACCUUCCACUUAUUUUAGUAUGGCAUUUAUACCUUACAAGCACUUAUUUAUUUUACAAAGUUUUGACUCUUAAAAUGAUUUCAUUAUUAGUGAAAUUAAAUAUUUAAAAUAUUUUAACUUGAUUCAGAGGCCACUUAAUUAGCAUUAAUUCUAAUUAGAACAAAUAAAUGAGCUGUAGGAAACAUUUUUCAUGAUUAUUUUGCAUUAUGAAAAGAAAAUUAUAAAACCACGUUAAGUAUGAAUAUACUCUCGUAUAAUCAGAUGUGCAACAUUCUAUAGAUAUUCUAAGAGGAAAGUAGGGAGGAGAGAUUUCAGAUACAUUAUGUUCCACAAACCUAGAAAUGUAAUAAUCUUUUAAUUUCAUCUUUGCAUUUCCUCUAGAGAAAACCAUUCUGUACAUGAUAUAUGAUGUUGAGAAUUCCAGUGAAAUGUUAGUGAUCAACUAUACCAUGGAGCCUCAUUUUAUUAAAAAACCCAUGACCUCUAUAAUUCAUUUUUCUUUUUUUCUUUUUACCAAUCUUCUGCCAGAAUCCUCCUUCCUGAUCUGUGUUGGGUAGAGAGCCGCUAGCUCCUCUGCAUGGAUCACACUCUGGUGGGCCUUUUUUUGCAUUGGUAUAUGGAAGAUGCAAUCAGGAAUGGGAAUGGUAGGACAUCCUAGUUGUGUUUCAUGGUACUACAAAACCCAUAAAACUGAAUCUCGAGGGGCAUGUCAACGUUAUUCUGAAAUAACAAAGAGCACAUCUACACAGCAAGCCAUUAUUUUGAAAUAAUGGCAAGCUAGAGGACUACUCAUUCCGAUUCCUGUAACUCUCAUUUCACAAGACGUAAGGGAAGUUGAAGGGAAAGUGUUCUUCCUUCCAUUUCCUGCUGUGUGUAUAGCACCAAAAGCCGAAUUAAGGUAUUUCAAUUUCAGUUCUGCAAUUGAGAGAGAAAAUUAAUUGUUUCUAGUUAAGAUACACACUGACUUUCAAAGUAGACUAUCAUGGAAGUUGCACUUUUGCCUUGCUCUGUAGAUGUGCCCACAGUCUAUAGAUCCUCUGCACUUUCACUUUAUAGGGAGCAAAUUUAAACUCUGAUUCAGAUCUGCCUGUGGUUAUAACCACCAUGUAUCCUCCUCACUAAAGGCUAAAGAAAAUUAGGAUGCAAAAGCUGAAAAUAAAACCAGAAUUUGGCCUCAUAUUUUUGUUGCACUUUGAGCUCUAUCCAGAACUUUCAUUCCCAUCAACAACAGUUCUGUGCAUGAAUCAAAAAAGAUAACUUUUGCCAUACAUUGACAGCUUUGCUGUUCAGCUGUAUAUACCAAGGCAACCAACUGUUUUGAGACUUGCUGUUGUUCCAUAUUUUCAUCAAACUGAUUUGUAGUUGCAGUUAGGACUAAAAUACGGCUUGUUUGCUUUCUCUUGAGGUAGAGAAUCCCAUUGUAAAAUUUCAGAGAUACUAAUUAACAGCACAGUAUUAGUUUGGACAAAGCGCACAUAACACUGGAUUAUGUUUGUAUUUCUUCCAAUAAAGAAGGGGAACAUGACAAUACAGUAUGCCAGCACCUUCCACUAAGAGGUAGAGUACCAGUGUCUUUGGGAAGCUAAUGUUUCAGUUCAUACCGUGUAUCACCAAUUAAGCCAUAUCACAGUUUAUGAAAAAUUGGUGUAUCCUUUCCAUAUGAACUUUCUGAAAACCAGGUAUUUUGCACAUAUUGGCUAGUCAAGUAGGAUUUUAUGAAGUUGUGGUUUACAGUCAAUGUAGUUAGAACUUGGAGUAUGAUAAACUUGUAUUGUAUUUGGAGUUUUUUAUUGUAUGAUGUACUAUACAUUUGUUUAAAAACAAACAAACAUACGUUGCUUUACGUUGGAUAUAUUAAACCAGUUAUUAAACUACACA